AUGGCGGAUAACAUCCAGGAGAGGCUUAAGAAGCUCGGUGCCACCACUCGCAUUGGUAAGUUGUCCCCGGCGGCUUUGUUACUCCCCUUGCUGCCGCCGCUCUCGGCCCCCCCCCCAACUCCCCCACUCCAGAUCGGCCAGUACGCUAACCGGCGCCCGCCGACAGGUGGCAAGGGCACCCCCCGGAGGAAGGUCAAGCGCGCCCCGGCCCGGUCGGGCGGCGAUGACAAGAAGCUUCAGCAGACGCUCAAGAAGCUCAAUGUCCAGCCCAUCCAGGCCAUUGAGGAGGUCAACAUGUUCAAGAGCGACGGCAACGUCAUCCACUUCUCGGCCCCCAAGGUUCAUGCUGCUGUCCCGGCCAACACCUUCGCCAUUUAUGGUGCCGGUGAGGAGAAGGAGCUCACGGAGCUCGUCCCUGGCAUCCUGAACCAGCUCGGUCCCGACUCGCUGGCCUCGCUCCGCAAGCUGGCUGAGAGCUACCAGGCCAUGCAGAAGAACAGCGAGAAGGAGGCUGAUGAUGAUGAGAUUCCUGACCUUGUUGCUGGCGAGAACUUCGAGAGCGGCGAGGCCAAGACCGAGGCCAAGACCGAGGAGAAGGCUGAGGAGAAGGCCACUGAGGAGAAGUCUGCUGAGGCCAAGGCCGAGUAA